GCAAGAUCUUCGCUAGAAUACAAGUCUGAAAGCUUCGUUUCGGCCAAAAUGUUCUGCGCGUUGCGAGUGUUUUUUGUUCUAAAUUUGGUUUCUGUUGCCUUGGGAUUCUCUCCUCGAGAUUUUGAAGGUUGGUGUCAGGGAUUAAUCUGUAAAUGUUUCAUUUCACAUCUAAAACAUAGAGGUCCAAUGUAGGUAUACUAUAUAUCUACAAUAAGCUGUCGUGGUUUGUGUCUAGUGAACUAUACCUAAAAAAGAUAUCUCAAACGUAGUGGUCCAGUGUAUAUAGGUAGUGUUCUACAAUAAGCUGUCGUGGUCAGUUGUGUCUGAACUACCUGAAAAAGACAUCUCAAACCUGACGUCCUUCAAAUGCAUCUAAGAUUCUCUUAUUUUACGCCUUCUUUGAAUUAAAUGUACGAUACUUGAUUAAUUUCAUUUUGUUUUUUUUACUGUAAACAUUUCUAUUCAAUGUACAUCGCUUAGUUUAUUAAACAGAAUCAUCUUUAGAGAAUAUAAAUCAUUUUUACACACAGUGGGUGGGUUCUGUGAGUAUUGAAAUGUUGAAUCACUGUUCGUGUUUCAUUUAUAUAGCCACAAUAAAACUAUAAUUAAAUAAUUUUUGUAUUAGCAUAUCUUAUCUUCUGUGCGAAGCAAAAUAAAGAAAGGUAACUUAAGAGAUUAUAUUUUUUAAUUUAAAGCGAGUCAAUCGUGCGGAAACGAAUUGUUUUUAAGCAACUUUUGCAUUGCAUAUCAGUCAAGCGACGGUUGGUUGAUUAAUUAACAGUUGCAUGUUUUAUAUAAUUUUCAACUCAGUAAGUGAGAAUAAAAAUCACUGAACGGAAACCCGCUAAUUAUGCAAAAACUCAUUCUUAUUUUUUAUCCCACAGAGUUGGAAGAAUGGCCUCGCGCUGUAGGUGGACCUGCGCCUGUAACACCACAGACCCCUGGCACACCAGGUGACUAAAAUCAAUUUUUUCCUCUUUGAUUUUGAUGAAAUUUUUCCCCUUGUCAUAUUUGGAAACUUUUCAUAAUGUUUUCAUAUCUUGUUUCGAGCUGUAAUAUGCAGGGGCGAAAUUAGCCCCUUUUAAUUGGGGGGUGUCUGCUAGAAUUGCCCUGCGAAAGCCGAUGAUGCCCUGCAGCAAAAAGAUUUUUUUGGCCUCUAUUUCUCCCAAAAAUGUUGGCGAGCGGGGGAGGGAGGGGGGAGGUCGAAAAAAAUUUUUCCGCACAUAAACCAAUUAAAUUAAGGGUAAAAAAAUAAAAAAAAUUUUCGUACAAAUUCCUGUUGAAACAUGCAUGAAACCCUUAUUUUUUACCAAUAUCUGUAAAAGUUAGGUCUAUAAAUUCUAUUCAAUUCCCUCUGGAAGCCCUGGAAGCUACUUAAUAACUCUACAUUCUAUCAUUUAAAAUCUUUCAUUGCCCUGCCAACCCAGAUGAUUUGCACUGCCAAUCCAGAUGAUUUGUACUUUGGGGGGGGGGGAGGAGGUGUCACCCCCCCCCCCAAGUUUCGUCCCUGGUAAUAUGCACUUGUCUGAUUGAUGAUUUCACAUACUUGCAUGUGAAACGAGAGUGGCUCGUUUCUCAUAUGAACAAAAAUUGAAUGUAUAUGCGUUACCAAAGGGCAUGCGAAUCGCACUCACCUGAGUUUCCGGGUCAGCUUGGCUCACUGGGCAGGCGCUAGAGUUUCUCCCUCUGAUAACUGUCUGUUGACUCAACCUGCCACUCGAUAGUGCUUAGAAGAAACCCUGAGCAACAGACAAUGUACCGUAAUUAACGUGUUUUACUGUUCAAAAACAGACGCGUGUAAAAAAGACAUCUUGAUUCUCUUGGACACAUCUUACUCCAUCGGUGGAAAUCAUUUUGAUAAUGACGUAAAACCAUUCUUAACAAAACUGGUAAAGAGCUCGAAGCUCAAUGUUGGCCCGCACGGAACUCAGCUGGCAUUAGCUACGUUCAGCAAUAAAGUUAAUACGCAACUGAGAUUUGGUUUUGGUACACAUACUAUGGUGAAGGACUAUGUGGAUUACAUUAAAAACGAUUUGACCUGGAGUAAGGUCUCAGGAGACAGAACGAUGACUGGUGUUGGCGCUACCAUCGCUGAUACAAAGGUAGGCUUAUAAAAAGGUUUAAAGUCAUCUCUGAAAAUGAUCGGUGUACAUCGGUGUACAAGAGACGGACCGUUAAGGGGCGACGCUCUUCGAAAAAAGGACCUAAAAAAAUACCUGUGGUUCCGGUUCCCGACCGACCCUAUUUUAUUUAUGCCGACCCUAUUAUUUUUUCAACGCGAUUGACUGUGCGACUCUAUUUUCUCCGGGUGGUUGCGGGCUGCUCACACAGCGUGGCCAAAAUGGCGUUUGUUGUCACACUAAUUAUUGAACUAAAUUGCUUAAAUUCGUCCACAGGAAAUAUGCAUCUCUAGUUAAUAUUGAUGUCGGGACUCUACUGCAAAUCGCCCAGCAAAAAACCGCCAAAACCAUAAAAAACUAUUCGAAAAAAAAUUAUUUCCGACCUACCAACCCUAAUUUUUUCACGAUAUGAAACCGGAACCACAGGUAUUUUUUUUAGGCCAAAGCUUAAGGCUCCUUCAUUUUGAGUUUGACCGUCAUGAAAUUUGGCACGAUGAUUUUAAACGAUAUUUCCCAUCGAUCAAUUGACGGUGUCCGAUUUUUAUUUCCAACUUAGGGGCAACAUACAAGCGAGUCGUGUACGUUGUAGAAUAAUAAUAUUGCAGCAUGAGCUCCACCUUUGAAUUUACUAUACGAGUAAAUUCUUAAACACGUCCGAAUUUAUCAUUAUGAUAAAUUCGCGGCAUCUAACCCCUAACACUAACCCUAACCCCAACCACUAACCCUAACCCGAACUUUUUAAACUUUUUAAACUUUUUUGAAAAUCUAACUUUUUCUGAACUUUUUUCUUUUUUAAACUUUUUUAAAAAGAUCUUGAAAUCUUAAACCAUAACAAAGGGGUAGGGCCGCAGGCUCGAUUCCUGCCAGAUGGCCUAUAGUUGUGUGGUCUGAAAUUUGUGCAUGACCUUCCGCUCGGAAUCCCCCCCCCCCCCUUGGUAAUCCUAUUUUACAAAUAUUUUGGUGUUUUUAGGUAUUUCCCCAGGAAAGCCCACUGAAUGCAAGACCAAACAUUGCAGACGUCGUUUUACUCAUCACAGAUGGUAAACCCAAUGGCAGAAAGAAAUGUUGUGAACUUGAAGAUGCGCUCCAUCACACGGGGUGAGGACAAGGGUAAUAGGUGUGACCAGUGCCGUUGAGAGGGGUGGGGAGGAGGACGGUUUACCCCCGGCCCCUAGCUCAGAGUAAAAUAAUAAAGUAGGACACAUUGAAGGCCCAAUGCAACGUAAUAGUUUAAAUAACUAAUUACCAUAUGAUUAUUAUCAUUCUUUUUAGUUCUAUGAAAAACAGAAGCAUUUUAAUCGUUGGAAUUGCAAUGGGUCAACCAAAAAUUAGAAAGCAAUUUAACGAAACGCUAUUAAAAAUGGUGACGUCGAGUGCUACACUGUUUAACAGCGAUUUUAUCGAUCUGGAUAAAAUACUUGACCAAUUGGUCGACGCUUCCUGCACGCCAUUCAAACCAGGUAAAGUUUGAAUUAGAAAAUAAUUUACCAUUCUGGGUCCAAUUGUUCAAAGCCGGAUCAGCGCUAAUCCUGGGUUAAAAUCUAACCUAAUCAAUAAUAAUUCAUGAAGAAAUGGCAAAGGAAAUCACUGAUUUUCUCGGCUUAGACAAUGUUGAUUUUUAAAAUUGCUUCGCGCCAAUGAACUCAUAAGAUGGGUCGUUUUUUAAGCCAUUUGAAACACUCGCAGUUCAUGCUUUAUCAGAAAAUUCACAAUGACCAAAUCGUUCACAGGUGAUUGUGGCUGUCCAACAAUCCAGUCACAAGAUGUGUACAUCAAACCGUCUCGAUCCACGGUCGACGUCAGUUGGGUUCAACCAAAUCUCAAAUGCAGAAACAACAGGGUUCCAAAGUUCGCGGCCACCACAGUCAAUCCUAAUAUCGUAUCCCCGCAUGCCUUUGGUGUUGGCGAUCAUGAUAUUGAAUACACGUACACGUUCAGAGGAGGAUUUGAUCUUAAAUGUUAUGUGAAGAUUGCCGUAAAAUGUGAGUAUCGCAAGUGGUGGGCAACCGCCCCCACACCCAUCCCCCCUACACCCCCACCCCCCUCAAUUCCACCUCCCACUGCUCCCAAUAAUUUCUGAAGGCCUUCGAAUGAUACUUGAAUAACUGCAUAGCAAAGCUGUACGUGUAACUUUUCAACCAUGAAAGCAUUGGUAGCAAGCAUGAAAGCAUUGGUUAACAAGCUUUCGUUGGUAGGGAUGCAGCAACCUGACAAAAAAAGGAGAAUUUCAUUCAGUUUCGAGCGAAGGCUCUUCGUCUGGCCAGUAACUCCAGACGAAGGGCUCGAAACGUCGAAAUCUCUAGUUCUCCUUAUAUUUUUCAGGUUGUUGUAGGGUUUUGACGGGUUUCCGCAAGUUGCUCGGCACCUUUUUGGCAACUUUUCAUUUUCUGAAUAACUUUUGUUCUAAACGGCAACUUUUGUAACUUCGGGCACCUUUUCAUGAAUUUGACUCAAAUUCAUGAAAAGUUGCUCGGAGUUUAUACAGAAAUUGCCGUUUAAAACAAAAGUUAUUCAUAAAAUGAAAAGUUGCCAAAAAGGUGCCAAGCAACUUGUUGAAACCCCUAGGUUGUUGCAUCCCCAGCAGUCUACACUUGACGAGUAAAAUCGUCUGGCGUUAGACAGAGUAAAAUACUAAAGUAGGGUGCAUCAGGGUGCAUUGCCAAUUAAAAGGUUAAUAGAAAUUAUAAAGCUAUAGACUGCAUGAAAUAUAAGGCAAAAAUUAUAGAGGUGAAACUGAGAUUUCCAGCUUGUCACAUUUUGGCAACCUGAAAAUUUUGAAAAGGUCAUAUAAUUUUCAUGCCAUACAGUAUGGCAUUCAAUAACAUUUGUGAUCUAAAACUAUCAAUAAUCAUCAAAUAAUCAUCAAUAAUAAUCGCGAUAUUAAUGCAUUUUUCUAGCUUGUACAUGUCCAUCACUCGCGCCUGUUGUUGCUUACGUUUCAAGCGACCAAGGUUCAGCCACUGCACAGUGGGUUGCACCAGUGCCGAACUGCGGUGCGACCUUGAAAGACAUCCAACCAAACAAGCCAUCAGGAUCCAGCUUUACGCUUGGUAGCCACACUGUAAACUACGUGUAUACGACUGCUGGCGGCUUUGAUCUGACUUGUGGCAUAAACAUACAAGUUCGAAGUAAGUAGUGCAUUUGAAAUUUGAAUAAAUCACGCAAAUUUACCAAAAUCGGAAGUGUGGUUUCACGAGGUAAGGGCCUCGGAAAAGCUUGAGAAACAGCAUCAGGGUGCGAGAUAUUUUACGUGCGAACUAUAAUGAACAAAAUGAAAAGUAAUGGUCACCCGUUAAAUAUUUUGUUGCCAACACAAGUAUUUAGAUGUAUAGAUAAUACUGAGUGUAAUCUUAUAUAAACUCGUCAAAUUGGUUCUUUUGUAACUACUGUACAAAGAGUUUAAUAAACCAUUUACUAAGAGCAAGGAACUUCACAGACCAAACAGAAUGAGAUUUUUAAUAUCUCAAAUACUUACGGCCCACCAUUAUAAUUUACGAGGGAGAGAUUCUACUCUUUUCCGAAAACUGAACAUCUUAAAAAAGUGUUAGUUUUAGAGAACCAAAAAUAUGGAAAUUGAUCGUUUGAACAAGCUAGAAAUAGCGACUUGAUCUCUAUUUAAUAUAUAGUAACAAUCUCUAAUAUAUAUCAGCCUGAAUAGAGUUUUUAAUUAUAUAUAGUAGAGCUCAGUGAGAUACUGAAAAAUACACAGUGAGAUAUUUUCCGUAUCUUCACUAGUGAAGAUAUCAUGGAUCACGUGACGUUUUCCAAUUUGCUUUUGAGCGUGAAAUUUCACAAUUUUUUACUUGUGACUAUAUAACAAACAGAACAUUGCGCGAGUGAGUAAAAUAUCCUCUAUGUAUUUUGUUGGCGUGUACUCUUUCUUUAUUUAUAAUUAUUUGUUAUAAGUAUUUGUAGUUUUUAAAUCACUUCCCACUUGGAAAUAAAAUUUUUACGUACCUACCUACCGUUAUGGACCGUUGAAUCUCAUGUCCGACCUGUUUUCAUCACAGCUUUUAUGUUGUUACAGAGUGUUCGUGUCAAAAUACCAGGAAGUCUAUUUACAUGAUGCCCGACAGUCCAAAUGGUAAAAUGAGCGUCAACUGGGUGGUGCCGAAGCCAGUUUGCCCCGGACAGCAGAUCACGCGGACCUUAACUCAACCGUUAAAUAUGAAGCCUGGGGCGAGCGUUGGUGUCGGGAAUCUCGUUGUGUGGUAUUAUUAUGGCAUGAGCAGCGGUAUGAAUGUUCGGUGUGCUGCUACUGUCAUAGUGCGAGGUAUGGCAUGGGCUUGUACGUAGGGGGGGGGAGGGGUGCUUACUAUCCUUACUUGCAGCUGUGAGCUUAGCUGAAAUGCGAAGGACACAGCUCGUCCUGAUUGAGUGGAAGACUUUCUAAAGCCCGCCGCAAACGAGAGCAACUUGCUGAGCUAACCGCCUCGAGUGGCAGCUAGCUCAGCUAUGUAUUUUCACCGCACACGUUGGGAAAACUACUCAACAACAACAUAAUUAACAAAAUUAUUUGCAUUUUCCUCCAUUUUGUUCCAUGUCACAUGAAGACUAUGGUUUGUGAUUGGCUAAUUGAUUCAAACAGCUCAGCACUUAGCUCACAAUAUCCGCAGACGCUGAGAUUUUUUCCUCGCGAGGUGAAAAAUAUCAAACACGAUAGAUAUUUUCCUCAAGGCCUCGAGAGGUCAAAUCCUCACGAAAACUAUCCGCACACGAGAGCCACUUGCUGAGUUAACCGUCUCGCGAGGCGGUUAGCUCAGCAAGUUGCUCUCGUGUUCGGCGGGCUUAAGGUCGCCUCUGGCGGCCACCUUUACGACUCAUGUCUAAUCAGGGAGCACAGCUACGAUGGAAGGGUUAGUUUAGGGCUAAUCCCAGCUUAGGGGCUAAUCCCAACCAACCUUGUCCACAUCCCUGUGGGAGGAAACCGGAGUACCCGGCCAGAGAAAACCCACGACCGUUUCGGUAGAGCGUUGACAGACUCUUUUCACAUGGAUAUCAUAACGUCUACAAUGGGAAUCGAAACCACGAGAUCUGAGGUGAAAGGCGCGCGUGCUCUCACAAUCGCGUCACCCAUUAGUGAAAGAUUUUGUAGGCGAAAAUUCCGAGUGUGAAUUUUAUACAUUUAUUUAUAGACCUAAGUCCCAGGAACAGCUGCUAUAUUCUUUCAAAUCCUUCAGAACUUAGGAUGGCUGAUGAUUCCUGCUAUAUAGACUAAAUUUUGAUCAAGGCAAGAAGAACGAAAUCCAUUUACGAGCGUUUUAGAAUUAAAAAUGUAAAAGUUUGGUUACUAAAUGUUGUCAGUAAAAUGAAGAAAAUAUAGUCCUGUGAAGUUCACAAAUUUUGUAUAUACUUUUAAAAUUUGUAUUACGCGCGGUAAAAAUAAUUACUUUCGACUCAAAAAUGGUUAUUUUCCCGCGCGUAAUGCAAAUAUAUGCAAAAUUGGCGAAGUUUACAGGGCUAUAUUUUCUUCAUUGUACAACAAUUCGCAACCAAACUUUGCAAUUUUACUCAUUUUAUGAUACUCUUUCCAGCUAUGGUAAUGGAUUUCGUUCUUCUCAUCUAGAUCAAAAGUUUCGUCUAUACCUGGAAUUAAUCAUCAUUUAAUUACUUAUGCAAAAUUCCCAUAUACUGUGAUCACAGCAACUUUGAUAAAGUAAACCAGCUUUUAAAAUGAUUUUCGAGAUUUCUGUUGUGUACUCAGGUGAAUAUGAUGUUUGUGAUGUUACUCUGAGUGUUUAUCCACACCGGGCAAGCUUGAAAACUAUUGCCUGGCCACGGUGGGAAUCGAACCUACGACCUUUGGAAUACUAGCCCCAAAGGUCGUAGGUUUGAUUCCUCCAAAGGUCGUAGGUUCAAUUCCUACCGUGGCCAGGCAUAUUUUUCAAGCUUGCCCGGUGUGGAUAUACAUGCACUCAGAGUAACAUCACAAACAUGAUUUUCGAGAAUUCUUUUUUCUGUCAAACAGUGGUGCCGUGCGCAGGUGUGGAUUACGACCCAGCGACCCACAUGUGUUGUUGUGGAAAGAUACAUAGCAUCAAAUCAGCCUAUAAAUGCUGUGGCAGGAGGCAGUACGACUCCAGAAGCUACAAAUGCUGUACUCUGAAUUACAACAUUAGGAGGAAAAUGGACUCGUGUCCUGGCGGCGGCAGCGUUGCUGUUUAAUGAUGUUUUAUGGUUGAUGAAUUAUUGGAACUAUAAUAUAGAAUGAACAAUACAUACACGAAUACGUUAAAAUGUAGAAGUUAACGCCAGUAUUCUAAAAGCUCACUCACACUCACACUCAAUGAGUGGAAGUUCAAUCACACCUGAGCUUCUCUCGACUGUCAUUGCUGGAGGGUUAGUGUCAUACCUUACUAUGUGACUAUACUUACCCUCCAGCUAUUCCGGCAAAAACAGCAAUGACACUCAAGAGAAGCUCAGAUUGAACCUCCAUUCUUUGAUUGUGAGUGUGAGUGAGCUUUUAGAAUACUGGCAUAAAAGUGAUUACAAUCAAGCGAAUUAAUUAUAAUUUGAUUCAUAUGUUGAGUAAUUAAAGGCAUUUAAAGCAUAUUCCAAAAUGCUGUGAUUUUUAAUUCUUUUUAAUUUGUUGGGGGUCGCUUCUCAUGUUUCCCCCUUGCCCCAAACGGGUGGGGAAUCUAAUCGUCCGGCCUAUUUUUAGGCUCUGGGUAACGCUAUAGUAUUUCAUGCAUUUUAACACGUCUGUGAUAAACUGAAAGCCACACAUUUGGUAUAUUUUAUCUCAUAGAUGAAAACACAGUUACGAGGUUACGCCCCCCAGUCUCCCCUCAGUUUUAAAAAAAUACGAAAUUAGUCCUCAAAAAAGUGGGGGAGGGGGUCCGGACCUCCCCCCAUUCCCCACGUGGUACGCUUCUUCUUACCUUCCUUCGCUUCCCUCCUCCCUACAUAAUUAUGAUUAAAAAUUAAAGGGGCACUUGGAGACUGUAUAAUUAUCGCUUCCAUAUUGUCUUGUCAUUGUUUAUCAAACCCCACUGUUCUUUAUGCCAUCUGAUCAUUCAUUAAAGUGAACAAUAGCAAAGAAAAGAAUUCUUGUCCCAAAAGAAUAAAUACUCUGAAUAUGAAAAUGUGAAUAUAAUUUAGUAUUCUGAUUAGGCAUGUAGUUUUGCUUUGGCUGAGAAUUGAACUAGAAUGGUUGAACGACAUGGACGAUUAGUCGAUUAUAAAGUUUAUAUAACGCCUUUAUAAAUCGAGCUCUAUAUCUAUGAGUAUGUAUACGUAAUGGAGAGAAGCCAGAAUGCUUUUGAAAGCUUUACCAUUCCAAAGUUGCCUGUUAAUGCGAAUUAUAAAGAAGCACAAACAUCGCUUUAAUUUAAAACGUUUUAUGCAUGAUGCCGUUUGCAUACACGACAUGACACGAUAGGAUUGAUUACUGUAGGUUCAACGUUUGUCGUAGUAGAGCGUGUAGAUACUCAAGAAUUUUAUGGAAACUUACGGUAUUAAGAGUUUCAAACGUUCACUGGUUAAAAAUAUUUGGACGAGCUUUUGACUGCCAGUCUGCAGUCUUCGACGAUCGAGUAGAUUGUGAUAUUUACAGUGGUUUACAACUACAAUAUACUGACACAACUGACAGUUCCGCCUACGUAUAUAGGAUUAUGACUAUUUACAUUGAAGAGAAUUUUUAAUAAAGUUUUUGAGCAGAAAGCGGGACUUGUUCUGGCAAAUGUUUUGAAGACAGGUUGGUGCUAUUCUGUAUGUAUUUUUGAUGUAUAAAUUGUGUUGUAUCGCAUGGUCAAAACCUUGUAUUUUUCGGGUAGGCAUUUUUUAAUACCAUGGAAAGGUGGGGCAUUUGCCCCACUGGGCCCCUUCCUCUGCCCCACCACUGAAGAAAAAAACGGCCUAUUGCCCCAAAGCCAGGGCCGUAAGACCUGUAUUGAGUAAAUGAGUUUAACAUUGAAAAUAAGUCUAAAAAAUAAAAUUUGUUGGUGAUUAUACUUACACUAAUGUUGUGUUUGAUGUUUAGCAUGCAAUUUAUUACAAAUUUCGCCAUUAAAUCUUUGUUUUGAGAACCUGAGAUCUUUUUUAAAAUGUAUUCUCAGAAUGCAGGAAAUGCUAUUUAUUUCCGAGACCCAACUUGAAAAAAAUUUCGGGGGGGGGGGUGCAUACCCCCAGACCCCCCUAGCUAACUCGUGUCUGCGGUACUCGGCUCACACCUUCGGCGAUUGGAUAAUACCCCGGGGGAGGGCAAGGAGAGAAUUUGGCAGUUUUGCCCCACCACUGAAGAAUCCUUAAAAAAUGCACUGCAGUGCAUUUUUGUAUCCCUAUCAAUUCGCAGCUUAUUAAAUUCUUAUUAUUAGACCGUUCAAGAUUAUAUCAUGGUCAAAACCCAUCCUAUAUAAGGCCGAUUAGGCUACACAAAUUUUGCCUAUAAAACUGUCGCAUGCAACCUGCUUACAACUUGAGUUGUACUGUGUAAAUCAAGCACACAACUUACACCUACGACACUUGAUUUACGCAGUACAACUCAAGUUGUAAGCAGGUUGCAUGCGAGUUAAAUAAAUAAAUAAAUAAAUAAAUGGUUUAUUCACAUAUCUUGGCAUUAAUACAAUGAAUUAUGAUAUGUUUACAUAAAUUCAAUAAAUUAUCUAAAAUAUUAAAAUCUAUAUAUAAUAUAUAACUAAAAUCUAUAUAAUAUACAACUAAUUAAACUAUCACUGAAGUUUAUUCCUUAACUCAAAGCACAUUGCUGGAAUAAAACUAUUUUUGUAUCUAUUAGUACAACACUUUGGCAGAGACAAACAGUCCUUAUUACGCAACGUCCGUCCGUGCGCGGCCACCCGUGUUGGUGGCAGAAGGUGGUUCAGUCGGUUGUUGGGUUAGCAAUCUUCUCAAAGGUUUUCGUACACAAAUCGUAUCUCCUGGUGUCUAAGCGAGGGAUUUAGGCGAUUUGGAGUGCGUCGAUAUAAUGCAGACCUGGGUGUAAUACACGCAAGGCACGCUUCUGAACAAUCAAUCUUGUUUGAAAGAUAAUUGGGGAGGCUCGUAUGCCAAACUGUGCAUGCGUACUCUAGGAUUGAACGUACCAGGGCAAAGAAAACUGGCAGCAGGUCAGCCGAUGGAACGCCACUUCUUCGCAAUAUGCGCAAAAUGUACAGGCGCUUAGAAGCUUUCUUCACGAGAAUGUUGACAUUAUCAUUCCACUUCAGAUGGUCAUUAAAGGUGACACCAAGUACUUUAAAUGAUGAUAAGAUACUGAGUGGAUUCCCGUUGAUAUGCAGGGAGACAAUGUUUGGACUUUGUCUUAAAAAGCUGAUCACCAUUUCCUUGCAUUUCUUAACAUUCAAACGCAUGUCAUUCUGUUCUGCCCAUUGUUGUAUUUCAUCUAGGUCAGAUUGUAAUGUCGAUUGGUCACGUAUAGAUAGAGAUUCAGAAAGAGUGAGAUCGUCAACAUAUUUCCAGUGACUUGUAUGUGGAGACUUUAGUUCUAGAUCGUUAAUCAUAACAAGAAAUAAUAUCGGUCCCAGCUUAGUUCCUUGUGGGACACCUCCGUUAACACUUCCCCAUGCUGACUGAAAUCCACCAAUUUUAACUAGUUGACGACGAUUAGAAAGAAAGUCACAGAUCCAUGGAAUAAUGCAUCUUCUAACGCCAAGUAAUAUUAGUUUUCCAAUGUGGAGUUGCGACAGAGGGCCACAAAGUUAGGCAAAAGUUGUGUAUAGUGUAAAUCGGCUUAUACAGAUGAGAUGUUGAAGCUUAUGAAUUCAGACAAUUAGAAAAGAUUAAAUUGACUUGCACUUUGACCGUCUUGGAGAUGUCCUUGGUCAAUAAACAAAGAAUUUGACAUAAUCCUCCUGUCGCUCCUAAAAAAGAAUUUAGUUCCGUGCUUGCUUGGUUGCUAUGUUGCAUUAAUUUGUUACAAUAUUUCCCAACAAAUAAUUAUAUAAUAUAUAGUUACAAAUAAUACUAGGCUAGAAGCCUACUAAUCACUUUAAUCAAAACCACAAACUAGGGAACUUUCACUCGAUCUGUGCAGACCACCAGGAAACAAGCCCGUCUUCCGUAAACUAAUCCUCUUUUGAGGGUCAAAUUACCAUAGGAGGGUCAAAUAUAUACAAAAUAUAUCCAAGCAAAUGUUUUGAUACUCUAAUCUUAUGAGAAACGCAUACAACGCCACUAAAUUUCUGUUUGGACGAGAACUCAGUCAAGCCAGUCUUCACCCUUGAAUUUGCAAACAUCAUGCUGAGUUAUUGAUGAUUGGAAUUUAGAUUUUCUUUGUAUUGUAGCUUCUGAAAUAUUUUGUGGUUUAUUUUGGCAGCAACGCUAUGAUACUUCCGUGUUGACGUGGUCUGAAAUUUUCAGAAUAUCGAAACGGUGAUGAUGUUUUAUACUGAAUCGAAGUACUACAGUGCUGGAAUAGUUUAGCAACCCUCGAUAUAACCAAGACAAAGCUAAGAGCGGUAAAUUGAACACUAUAUUCGUACUAAACUUGGCCCGUUGUUUUCAAGGUAUAUUUAAAUAACAUAAUAAUUCUGAGAUGCAUAUAUAUAUGGUGAAUUAUGAUGUUGCUAUGCUAUAUGCAUGCUUUUAUCUAAUACCAUAUAUACUAUAUCACGUCCAUUAUUUUUCUCAAUAUCAGGUUUCCCGCUUUAUAUGUGCAUGCGAGUGAUAAAAAAAAAAGAUAUCACAUACUUAACCAAUUUACAGCUUAUGAAACCAUUACGUCACCAUAUUUUUCAUAUAUGCCUGUACACUAUAGUGUAAGAGUAUAUGCACAGGUUAGAUAAAGCCGGUUGAUUCAAAAUAGUUCAAUUGGUAGGGCCCAAUUCGGAUCGCUGAAUAUGCAUGUCAAAAUCUCGCGUACAAACGUUUACCACAGUAGAGACAUUAUAAGAUUGAACUGUCUAGUUGCCAGUGUAUAGGUAGUGCCAAUCAAAUGAACAAGCUUUCGUUGGUAGAGAUGCAACUACCUGAAAAAUAUAAGGAGAAUCUCGAUGUUUCGUUUCCUAGUUACGAUCAGGCCUUCGCUCGAAACGUCGAUUUCAAUUCUCCUUAUAUUUUUCGGGUAGUUGCAUCCAACGAAACAUUAUGAGAUUGACGUUCACGGUACUGAGAACUGCAAAAUUGUGUUUCGAGUUCAACAAUUAGCUGUACAAAGUUAUUAAGGUCAUUUGUACAUUAAAAUUGAAGUAUGAGUUACCUAACUUAGCUUUCGCACAGUUGUAGAACUUACCUUCAAAUGCAAUUUGAGUGAAUUAGCAAUCACGCGACAUUGGGUUAGCUGUUCUUAAUGCUUUCCCAACACUAUCAUGUGUUUUAUUUACUCGGCUAAGUUGAAACGUCGUUGGAACAUUUACUGAAUUAACGCUAAACUCUGGAAAUUUCUCCUUCAUUUAUUCGUGUUUUUUCCUUUUCAUGCAGAGAUUUUUGAAAGAUGUAUGCCCUGUUUUUACUCUUUGUUAUCGGACUCACGCAUUUUGUACCAACUUUAGCACGUAAGUGGAUUCGACGUUAUUUCAUGUUCCCACUGGGCACUGGUCUAAUAUUUAUUCCCACUAUUAGUGGCGAAUGGUUUAUUAGCAUAUACCAUAACCGGUUGUCAUGUCAAACUUCGCCGUAUCAAGGCACAAGUUGUAACAAACCUGCAGCAGACUUGUAGCAAUGCGGUUCCAACAACUUGUCAACAGGAUGUGUUCGCACUGCUUGUUCCCAGCUUGUUGACAACUUGCUACAAGAUUGUUGAGCUUAACAGACCUGUUACAAGUUGUUCCAACAAUUUGUUAUCGUCCUGCAAUUCAACAAUUUGUUAACAAGUUGCGAGUGACAACCUUGUAGCAACCUGAUGAAAUAACAACAUUGUUACAACUUGUUGACAAGCUUGUUACAAGCUUGUUGUGAACACACCUUGUUGACAAGUUGUGAGAUUUUUACAUGUUGCCACUGUAUUCGUGUUUUCGUGCAAAAAGAUAUUUUUAUAAUUCAUCACUUCACCUUUUAUUGUUUUUCUAGAAAAUGCGACGAUCAACAAUGGUAAACGGCAAUAUACUAUACCAGAUGGUGGACGCAUAGAAAUACAAUGCCUGCCGAACAAUACUAAUACUACCACAACAUGGAAAAUUUUUGGAAAAACUCUUGGAGAGCCAAUAAACGACGAUCUUUCGAAUUUCAAUAUUUCUGAGAAUUCAAGUUUGAUUGUAACAAAUUCUAGAAACAGUUCGCUUCAAGGAUUAGUAAACGUCACUUGUAUUGCAAGUAGCAACAAUACCAACUUCAGCAGAAUAAUUGAAAUUGUCUUCUUUAAAGGUAAUUCACUGUGAUUUCUUCGCACUACGGUUAAUCAAAAUGAUGUCUGAAAACUUGACCACAGUACUAGUCUUUGCUCUAUGUUUUUGUGCACAGGAUAGAGCCGGAUAGUUGAAAAAUAUCCGACCGGAUAUUGGUUAUAUAAGGUUCACGCCUGAUCAUGCACGAUUAAUAAAGUGACUGUGUUUUAUUUAUAUUAUAUUGACUUGAAAUAACAGGAAAGAACUUCACAGUUCAACACAUUAAACAUGCAUGACUGGAAAAGCCUUGCUCAAAAAGUUUAAAUUUCAUGAAAAAUCUUGAAAAUAUUGCCAGCUUCUGUACAAUCAUUUCAAGUAAAAAUAUCAUAAAUACUCGUUCUCUUUAAACCAAAUAACAUAUUCUUUGAACCAUAUUUCUCCUGCGACAUUCCCUCCACCUUUAAAUCAUACACAAGUCUUACAUCCAUCUGACUGCUACCUAUACACUCCUGACUCACCUAGCUCACACUCAUUGAUCAUGACUAACUAAUAUCUUCCAGAUCAUUUAUUCUACCACUUCUCUCUUCUGUGCUUCUAGUUUUCCAUUCACCUUCCAUUUUUCUAUUCUAUAUUUUUCUUGCUCUUCUAUACUAUCUCGUCUAUUUGUGUUUCGCCACGUUUGGCACCUUCCAUAGUUACUAUUCUCCAUAUUCUUGUUCAAUGUAAUAGACCCUUUUGAGUGAAAUUUUGAUCUAGACAAGUCUGGACAAAAAUUUCAUCACAGCUCGAAAGGGCAUCACAAAAAUAGUAAUAUUCCGAAGUUUCGUUGCGAAAUGUUGUAAAAUGCGGAUAAUAUAGCCUUGCAAAGUUUGCCGUUUUUCAGUCAUUUUGCAUUACAAACGGGAAAUUGAUCAGUCAGAUGAUCAAACUUCAGAUCAAUUUCCCAUUUGUAGUACAAAAUGACUGAAAAACUGCAAUCUUCGCAAGGCUAUAUUAUCCGCAUUUUACAACAUUUCGCAACGAAACUUCGGAAUAUUACUAAUUUUGUGAUGCUCUUUCAAGCUGUGAUGAAAUUUUUGUCCAGGCAUAUCUAGAUCAAAAUUUCACUCGUAAGGAGAAAGGUCUAUUAUCUACGUAAGUUAUGUACAAUAUUGUCAAGUUAUCUACGUGCGAAAUUAAAGCUGUUAAAUAAAAUAAAUAAAUGUUACCUCAUUUUUAACCCAAAAGUAGGCCUGGAUCUUAUCCUGUAUCCGGGCGAAUAUGAUACCUGCCGAGUCCCUAAUUAUCUUCAUAAGUCUGUUUUUUCCGGGGGUUUUCUAGCUCCAAAGAUUACCAACACUAAGUUCAUUUAUGAUGUCCCUGAUGACGGUUCAACCAAAACUACAUUCAGCUGUGAUGUAACCGGUUUUCCACAGCCAGAAAUCCAGUGGAUGUUAGGUAAAGUUGCCCUGCCAACUGGAGCAACAUAUCUUGUUAAUAUCACAAACGUUCCUAAUGCAAAUCUCACUGCAUCGAACGAUGGAAGUUUGGAAGUGAUGUCCAACAGCCGUGACGGUGGCUUUGGAGUAGAUGUGGUUUGUUUUGCUAAUAAUACUGAUGGAAACACAGCGGAAAAUUUUCUGGUCAGAUUUCUUAAAGGUAUGUGAGUGUUGAGGUCUUUCGUGGCUUAGUGGACGUGUGUUUCAUCUUUAUGGCUGAUAUUUGAUUUUUACCACCGCAAUGAGAAACACACAUUUGGUAAAGUUAGAUUAGUUUAUUUAAACUUUACUCCUAUAUUGUAACGCUAAACCAAAAAGGGCGACUCUUACUUAAUUUCUAGGAAGAACAGUUUAGAACUGAUUUUUUCUGUGUUGGUGCUGUGUACUCAGGUGAAUAUGAUGUUUGUGAUGUUACUCUGAGUGUAUAUCCACACCGGGCAGGCUUGAAAAAUAUGCCUGGCCACGGUGCGAAUCGAACCUACGACCUUUGGAAUACUAGCCCAAAUGCUCUGCCAACUGAGCUACGCAGUCAGGUCGGUUCGAGUAUGUGAUUUAGAACUGAUAGAGCUGAUAGAGUUAGUUCAAUUUAGAUUUCCUCCUAUAGUAAACUACACUAGGCGAUCCUUACUGGACCUCUAGGAAGAACAGUUUAGAACUGACAGAGCUAUCCAGUGUAAAUAGAGUAAGUUUAGUUUAGGUUUCCUCCUGUUGUAACAGUGUUCAAUUAGAGAUGAUCCUUACUGGACCUAUAUAGGAAGAACAGUUUACAACUGACAGAGCUAUCCAGUAUAAAUAAAAUUAGUUUAUAGUUAAGAUUUUCUUCUGUAGUAACUGGACCUUUAGGAAGAACAGUUUAGAACUGAUAGAACUAUCUAGUAUAAAUAAAGUUAGUUUAGUUUAGGUUUCCUCCUGUAGUAACACUGGAUCAAUAAGAGAUGAUCUUUACUGGUCCUGAAGGAAGAACAGUCUAGAACUGAUAGAACUAUCCAGUAUAAAUAAAGUUAGUUUAAUUUAGAUUUCCUCCUGUAGUAACACUGGAUCAAUAAGAGAUGAUCCUUAUAUACUGGACCUCUAGGGAGAACAGUUUAGAACUGAUAGAGCUGUCCAUUAACCAGCAGGGUAAAACUCUCACUCGUAUAGAUCGCUAACUAAUCGCGCGCAAAUUAAAAGAACGCAAACUUCAAGAACACAAAAUGAUUUAAUUCUUUUACACAUGUACCCUUCUUUUUAGCUCCCAAGAUUUUAUCAACCAUGUUCGAUAUUGCAAUACCUUCGGAACUGGUCGAUUACGUCUGGAUUCCAUGCCAAACCCUAGGUUACCCAAGACCACUUAUUGAAUGGGUGUUUGGGAACGUGAGAAUAAAUGGUACAAGUCGUAAAGUGAAUGGUAUAGGAUGUGUAAUUCAAAAUUUUGAAACAAUUUUCUCCUCAUAUCAAGUGUAUGAAAAUGGUUCACUGCUUAUUGAUAAUCCAUAUUGCGCGGAACAAGUACCUCAUGAGAAUUUUACUUGCGUCGCUUCGUCGUUUCUUGGCGUAGAUACGCAAUCACAUGCGUUUUCUAUUGGAGCGUGUAAGUGA